AUGAAGCUUCUACUCCUGCUGCUUGCCUUCUGCGGUCUAUCUCUAUUAAGAUGUGAAGAAAAAUUCGUACCUUAUGAUUACUCGGCAACAAUAGAGUGUCUAGAGAUCCCCAAUAAACCACAGUACAAUGGAGGGAUCAUCUUGAAUCCAGACCUGCAAAAUGGUUCACAAAGCUGGUCACAAUUCGGAAACAGCAAAGUUGAUUUCAGAGAAUUUGGAGGCAAUAAGUUUGUUGUUGCCACACAGAGGAAUCAAUCUACUGAUAGCGUCUCACAGAAGGUCUACUUGGAAAAAGGAAUUCUCUACACUUUCUCGGCUUGGUUACAAGUCAGCAUAGGAAACGCUCCCGUGAGCGCAGUUUUCAAGAAGAAUGGUGAAGCUAUGCAUGCCGGUUCGGUUGUGGCUGAAUCCAAAUGCUGGUCCAUGCUCAAAGGUGGUCUCACUGUUGAUGAAUCUGGUCCUGCCGAUCUUUACUUCGAGAGCGAGAACACAACGGUGGAGAUUUGGGUUGAUAGCGUCUCUUUACAACCUUUCACGCAAGAAGAGUGGAACUCUCACCAGGAGCAGCGCAUUAACAAGGCAAGAAAAGGUCUCGUGAGGGUCAGAGUCGUGAAUAACAAAGGUGAGACGGUACCAAACGCAACCAUUACCAUAGAACAGAGGCGACUCGGAUUCCCAUUCGGAUCCGCGGUAGGAAGUAACAUACUUUGGAAUCAAGCAUACCAAAACUGGUUCACUAAGAGAUUCACCGUGACAACAUUCGAAAACGAGAUGAAAUGGUACAGCACAGAAAAAGAAAGAGGCAGAGAGAAUUAUACGACCGCAGACGCCAUGUUGAGAUUCUUCAAGCGGCACGGCAUUGCUGUACGUGGCCACAAUGUUAUAUGGGACCACCCUAGGUAUCAAACUAAUUGGGUGAAAUCUCUGUCCGGUAACGAUCUCUACAAUGCAGUGAAGCGAAGGGUUUUCUCGGUGGUCUCGCGAUACAAAGACCAGCUUGCAGGUUGGGAUGUUGUGAAUGAGAAUCUCCAUUUCUCAUACUUUGAGAGUAAGAUGGGUCCUAAAGCCUCUUACAACAUCUACGCUAUGGCUCAUGCUGUCGAUCCAAGGACAACAAUGUUCAUGAAUGAAUUCUUUACAUUAGAGAAACCUCAGGAUCUGGCGGCUAGUCCAGCUAGAUACUUGCAGAAGCUCAGAGAGCUUCGAUCUAUUCAGGUUGCCGGAAAAAUUCCAUUGGGGAUCGGUCUUGAGUCUCACUUCAGAAUUCCAAACAUUCCGUACAUGAGAUCAGCUCUUGAUACUCUGGCUGCCACUGGUUUGCCUAUUUGGCUCACUGAGAUCGACAUUACAGCUCCUCCCAAUGUCCGGGCCAAGUAUUUCGAGCAAGUCCUAAGGGAAGGCCAUGCACAUCCGUAUGUGAAAGGAAUGGUGAUAUGGACAGCUUAUUAUCCACCAAGUUGCUACCAAAUGUGCCUCACCGAUGGAAACUUCAGAAACCUACCUACUGGAGACGUCGUGGACAAGCUACUACGUGAAUGGGGAGGGCUUGGUACCCAAUCCACAGGAGUCACUAAUGCUGAUGGAUUCUUUGAAGCUUCACUCUUUCAUGGUGACUAUGAUCUCAAUAUAUCUCAUCCAUUCACCAAUUCAAUAUCUUCUUAUAACUUUACGUUGAGUACUCAUGAUGAUGGCUCCACUUCACAGACCCAGCCAUCUAUAUUUGUCUUUUCCGCUUGA